GAUCCGGAGCUGGGAGCAGUUUCCAGGCCCCGUCCCGAGCCUGCCACGGAGCCCUUGCGGCCGGAGGGUCCCGGGCCUGUCCGGUACCGAGGAUGUUCCCGCAGAACCGGCCCCCGGCCCAUCUCCAGGCACCCUCUGCUGCCUCGGGAGCCGCUGUUGCUGCCAGCGCCAUCCCCAGCACCCCCCAGUCCCUCAAGCUGACUUACCCAGAGACCUUGGAUCGCAUCAAGGAGGAAUUCCAGUUCCUGCAGAACCAAUACCACAGCUUGAAGCUAGAAUGUGAAAAGCUGGCAACAGAAAAAACAGAAAUCCAGCGUCAUUAUGUCAUGUACUACGAGAUGUCCUAUGGCCUGAACAUCGAGAUGCACAAACAGGUGGGUCUGGGUGGGCUGGGAGCUCUGUCCUCCUCCUUAGUCCCAGCUCCCUGGCCCAGCUUUGCCAUCUGGGCUCUUAAGGGCUGUCCCCACAGAUAAGAUGGGAAGUUGCUCCCUGCUGUAGACCAGGAAGCCCAGUGCUUGUGGGGGAUGUGUUCCUUCCUUGUGCUUUGUGUUGCUCUGUGCCACGGCCUUGGCUGCCUCCUUAGCUCUCCCCACACACGUCUGUGCUCUGGUUUUGGGUUCAGGGUGCCCUGCCUGGACUGUGACACUCCUGUUGUGUCAGGCAGAGAGCGGUGCUGAAGGACUUGUGCUUGUGUGGCUGCUCACACUGGCUGGGAGUGGUCACAGGGUGACUGCUGUGGAGGAGACUGGCUUCUUCCUCGGGGCAAGGUGCGCUGCAGGGUCACAGCAGGUUGAUGGGCUCUGUCUUGACACCUUGCAGUGUCUGCUGCCCGCUGGCCCAGGGGCCAGGGCUGAGGAGCAUUCUGAGCAGAAAGAAGGGUUUUGGAGUAUGGGUG